AUGAGUGGUGAUAUGAUUUACCAGCGCUCACGGCGGCAUAAUGUGGCGAAGAUGAGAGUCCAUGAUUAUUUAUACGAUUCAGCGUACAUCGUGUCUGGCGCGAAAGACUACGCUCGCACCGCGUUCAGAGCUGCCAUGGCCUCCGCGCAAGUUGUGAUCCAGCCUGUGUACAAGACCAUGUUUUCUGACGGUCGCCGGUACCCGAGCAUGCACGCUGUGUACCACACCAACUGCCGUCUGCCCGACCACAUCGACCGGUCCUACGGCGCUUAUUUGAAGCGAGCGAGCGACGCCCGUCACGUUCCCCCGCCGAAUUUCAACGGGCGGGAUCGGUACAUGUUCACUGCCGUACCAAGGAAGCUCCUAGAUAUACACACAUCCUCUCCUGAAUUCCAUCCGCCCACGCCGAGGUAUGAGCCGCCCACGUCUCCACAUCCGAAGAACAGAGCCACGCAGAGUCUUUACAGAGAGUCGUCAGCGCAGACUAUUCCAUGGCAACCUGAUGGAAAAGCGGCAGAUGGAUGUGAGAACACACCGGAAGUGCUGUUCCUUGACCAACUGGAAUGGGGGCCGGGGCGUCCGUACCGUACAGGUGACCUGCCCGCAGACUUCCACACGACAGAAAUUAUUAACAAAUUGCGGCACGCUCGCUGCUGGACCGAGCUGAUGGAGAAAGGCAAGCGGACCUCGUGGAUGAAGAAGACUGACGCUAUAAUUACGGAUAUAGAGACCAAAGACUGGAUAUUUAGGGAGGCGGAGAUAGAUGAACUUCAGAGCAUCCGAUUGGAGCUGCUCCAUCAGAUGCAAGCGCAGAUGCGAAACAAACAGACGAACAAGACGAGCCGCAAGCUGGCCAAGCUGUGGACUGUGAAGAAGGAGAACAUGGAGAAGAAGAUCGACCACAUACGGAAGACCAGGGAUAGAGAACUACGAAAGCUAUCAGCGCUCCACAGCGGGGGAGGUCGAGUGGGGUUGGUGCAGCGUAUGAGGGCGGCGAGAGGUUCGGGGUCAAUGACCUUGGCCUCCCACGACCCCAAGUCGGACCUGAUAGCGCCGCUCAGGAGGCACGGGUACCAGGCGCGCAGGAGACACGCGUGUAUUGAAUACGAUCCAGGACUUUUAUCAUACGAGGACCACAAAGCCCUAGCUGAACCACCAGAAUGGCUGGACCGGUGCGGUCAGGACCUCAAGCACACCUGCUCCGGCCACCACCUCCCUCAGGACACCAUGCAGCUGUGCGAGAGGGAGACGAAGUGGAGCGAGCAGUUCCUGGAGAGUUUGCAUAACGAUCUCAAAAAGGCACGACUUGGAGCGGCGUCGACCACCACAGCCGGCCCGUUGCGCGUGCUCAAGCCUCGUCGACUGGCCGAUACCCCCCGCCCUGCCACUCCCGAGGUAGAAGUGGUCGAUGACGGGGAGGAGGUCAACCAUCAGGCGGCGUUGGUGCUGCAGAGGAUCAUCAGAGGACGCGCGGUGCAGAAUUUGAUGUACGAAGGUCGCACUCGAGCCGCCGAGCUGACCGAAGAGUUGAAGACGACCCAUGGCCUUCAGAAGGAGGAUCGGGAGAUCAUUGCUAGGGAAGAGGCUAAGUCUAGGGAGUACAGCGCGCAAAGAACUGAAGCUGAGCAGACGGAUGCCGCCAUAACGGCGUUGGUGGACGAGCUGUGUGGCGGUGCCGUCGCGGCCGCCCUGGACUUCCUGGAGAAGGAGCUGAGGCGGCUCCGGGAAGAGAGGAGGCAGCAUGCCUUCAUUCUGAUAGCCAUACGCGAGAAGCAGAUGCGCGAAGCGGCGGAAGCUGGUCGCAGACAGAAAGAAGAGCAUCGCAGAAGAGAACACGACGAGAUGUUCAAACAGAUAUUAGGCGUUACCCAGGAGACAGUGGACGCAUACUUCCGUGAAAUACUGUACGAGGGAGUCCACAUGUCCGCUGAGCAGGAUGCUGUGACGUGCGCCGAGAGGAACGCCGCCAAGAUUGACGAGUCUCUGGCAGAGCAUGGCUCUAUGUCAACAGCUGAACAGCAGGAGUUGGUGGCAGAGUUGGUGCAACAGUUCCUGUUGCCGGAGACGCACAAGAUGGCGUCCAGGCACCACGUGACAGAGAUGCAGAACGCUAAGCUGGAUGCGGCGAGACGAGCGAUCUUCGGAGUGUUGGACGAUGCCGAGAUAAAACAAGUUCAAUGCAUUCGGUGCGGCGCCCAACUCGGUGACACGUGCCGCUGUAACGUCUGCCCGAUAACGCAGGAGCCUGUCGAGACUGUAGCCAGAGAUGACCCGAGAUGGAAGUAUACCAGAAUGCAUCCAAAACCACCAGCAAAAACGACGGAGGAGCGCUACCCCCCGGAACACGAGAUACGGUGCAUGCUGAACGCGCUGCUGGACGACGUGGUGCAACAGGCUCGCUAUCGUCGUGCCGAGAAAGCUGCCAUCACUAUCGAUCUCGGCCGGCGUGUCCGGGAGAGAACAGAGGUCACGCUUGAUGCCAGAGCUAUUGCUGAAUCCAUGGUGGACCGCGCGACCGGAGCUACAACCCCGCCAAUCAGGGAGUCGGAUUACCAUCAUUUCAUGAUGAGAUUCUACGGCGAUGCGUUGGACAGAUCUGUGCCUUUCAAAACGGAUAAAUGCCCCAAAGAGCUACCUUCGGAGCUGCGCCGGCGAGCUGAAGCGUUGGAGCCCGCUGACACUACAUGCAAGUGUGAAGACGAGCCUUCGACCGGCAAACCUGUCGACCCAUCAAAGUUGCUUCCAUCAGGGUUGAGAGCUCUCGAAGAGUUGAGGAGAUGCAAAUGUGACUCGAGCCCGACAGAUACCGGCUUUGACACGAUCCCGACUUCUACGGACUUCGAUUCGAUCAUAGCGGACGGCGAAGACACGGAGGGUUCAGAAUUCCCGGAACAGGAACAAUAAAUAUCAAAACGCAAUGCACGAAGUCAUUAUCCAUCAUAGUCAUUAUUUAUUCAUUUAUUUAAAACUAUUUAUUUACGAAAUCUUAUUGCUACAGUAACUGGACUUGAAGCUUUAAUUAUUUUUAACCAUAUCAGUCUUAUUUUAGAAAAUGGUGAACCCAUGUGGGUAUUACCGAUUUAUCGGGCGUCAGUUUGAGAUACAGAAUCAUUACAGUGUUAACUAAGCACAUAUACAAGGAGAGUGUGCAGGGAAAGAUCGGAGUGGGAAGACCUAGACCAACGUAUCUUGAUCAAAUUAAGGAUGUCCUGGUAAAGGGUCAGGUCAAGAGUACCCGAAACCGCCGAGCUUGUAUGAAGAGAGUUAUGAAUGUGGAUGAAGCGAAGGAAGUGUGCACAGAUCGUGGCAAGUGGAUAGAUGUAGUCUCUGCCUACACCUCCGGGAAAGAGGCGUGAUUUUAUGUUUGUAUGUAUGUAUUACAGCGUUACCAAUUUAAACUGAGCGGAGUUGCUUCGAAACUAGUGGACUCUAAACUGGACAUAAAUGUGCUCCUCCACUGUACUACAGACAGAUAUUGCACAUAUCGUUUUGUUUCAUACAUACGUAUAAUCACGUCUAUACCCCUUGUGGGGUAGACAGAGCCACCAGUCUUGAAAAGACUGAUUGGCCACGUUGGCUUAAUUAUAACAUUUUGUUACACUUUAUUAUUUAAUUUCUCAUAAUAAAGUAUUAAAUUUUUAUGCUUAAAAUUAUUAUGCGAAACGAUUAUGCGAUUGUUGUAUGGCUCAAAAUACGCGUGAUUACAAAAAGUAAGGAAUCAGAAAAGUUUUACUUUAUAUGGUUGAAAAAUUACAAUUAUCAAAUAUCCUUUACUUUAACAGUGAAUAUUUCUCGACGAUACAAACUUGACGCUUUGAGGCUUGCUAAUUUGUAAAUGCUUCAUAACAUGGAUUAACCAUCUUAAUCGUGUAUUUAUUUAGUGUUGAAUUUGCAUUGUAAUCAUGAUUUUGUAAAUAAAUAUAA